CUCCCUCCCUAUUUCUUAAACUCCAGAGCUCAAUUAAGGCACAACCAUCAGCAGAUAAUUGGCAAUUUGGAGCUACAUACUCAAAAAAGUUUAUCAAUCAACAGCUUGCAGCUAGGAGAAUGGUAGAUCCUGAGUUCACAGUGGAGCUCGACCUUUCAGACUACCCCACCAGCCAUUGGCCAAAGUAUAAAAGUUUAAUCGAAGACUUGCGCAGGCGAUUGAGAGUGAGAUUUUCGCACAAUCGUCCCGUGCUCACCCUUGAAACACGAACCCCAAGUAGAUGGUUUGAAGUCAUACUGCGAACUGCAGAAGAUUACGCUGUUAGGUUUUUGAUGCGAGGAGACAACCUAUACUUGGUUGGCUAUAGGAUGGAGAAUGGUCAAGAAUGGUUCGAGUUCACAGAAACUGAUGACGAGGGAAACAUUCAACGUCUCAUUCCUGGAUCCACACUUCUAGGCUUCAGCGGCAACUACAACGCCCUGCUGAACGCUGCUAACCGAAGUUGGGAAGACGUAAGACUAAGUUGGAAUGACCUCCGAAUGGCCGUAGACAAUCUUAACACCGACGAAGGGUGGCAAAGAGCGCGGUCGCUACUAAAUGUGAUUCUCAUGAUCAAUGAAGCAAUCAGAUUUGAAGAUCUCAGUGAUUACUUCUCUGCAAAUUAUGACCAGUCAUUACCAUUCUCUUCCUCGUUUCAGAACUUGGUGCGGAGUUGGGGAAACCUUUCUGGGAGACUACUGCGCGCUGACAUUGACCCUGAUUUGUAUUAUUUUCGACUUCCAGACCCUAAUGAUCUUGAAAUACAAACAGCUGAGCAGGCAGCUGCUGCACUUGGCAUCUUAAAGGAUUGUGUCUCAAGGUUUCAAUCACUUAGAAGGGUUCCUCGUAUGGCUAUGAAUGACGGAGAUGAACUUUAUGGAGUACCGCUAGUGGAAGUGUUCUCUGUGCGCAUCAACACUGGCUAUGGAGAUCGAGUCGGCCUCUGCGGCAUGGUCACAGUGACUGAUGGACUGAGUUGUCAAUACAUUUAUAACAAAACAAGGGAUGAUCCUGAAUCCAUUCAUACAGGCGAUACUAUUUUAUUGACGGGACCAGCUCGACCCAUCUCAGCCUACGACACCUUCACAAUCGAUGUUGAUCUUAUCGACAAAAACAAAGAUCCCCCCAAUGAUGAAAUCAGCUAUGGGCAAAUCUCAUGGAAUGUUUUCGUUACAACAAAUGAGUAUGACAAGCCCUUGUUGAAGGAUGUUGAAGGUAAGAAUGGUUCAGUGACAGUGAACUAUGUAGUGUUACGCAAUGCAGUGGAAGCCGCAGUGGAGAUUACACUCAUAAACGGAGAUAAGAAGGAUCCUGCUGAAGUUUAUGGAUUGAUUACUGCUCGGAGUGACAAGUUUACUAAUGAAAGUAUGUUAUUUUGGAAGACUUCGGAGGAUAAGGACAUUGAAGUGAGACCAGGGAAUGAUAUUCCCUUGUUGAAAUCCGCAGUAGCAGUGCCAUUGAACUCCUCCCAGCUCAUAGUCCGAGCAGAACUAUUUAAUCGUGAUAGAGAGGCAAUUUCUAGUUAUGAGAUUGCCAAUGGCACUGCAGUAUUUCCUACUUCUCUCUCUGGUACAUCCACAAAGAGUAUUUUUGCAAAGUAUGGUGAGAUCCAAGUGAAGGUCACUUGGACAGACAAUUAAGUCAUCUAAAACUUUAAAUAGUGUGAGGAUAUGGGUGUGUAUUUAUUAUGUUAAAAGCGAGUUGGUGCACAUGCAUUGUGCAUGGAAUAAUUAAUUUGUUCGUUCUUUUUUUCCUUUUUUUUUUUUUAUAAGAGUCAGAAGUCACUCAUAUAGCGAUCUUGUCUCAAAUUUAGUAAUAAACCUCUCCUAAAUGAACUUGAAAAGAA